UUUUUUUGGCCGGCGGGCUUAGUCAGCGAUCAUAUAUGUCUCCCAUUACCGUUACGACCAUUGGUCUAACGUGUAAGGCAUUCCUCAGUUCCGGUCUCUGUGCGGUCACGGUAAAUGGCUUGCCUACACUCAUUGAGGCCUUGAACAGCUCGCAGAGGGAAAACGGACGUGGCGUUGUAACCGUUUCCAACCAUAUAUCGACACUUGAUGACCCCGUGACAUGGGGGGUACUUCCCGCCAAAUACUACCUUCGAUCGCGGAUGACACGUUGGACGCUUGGUGCUUCCGAUAUCAUGUUUACAAACCCAAUACUCUCGUACUUCUUUACCCAUGGACAAGUACUUGAAACUUUCCGCGGCAAGGGAAUAUUCCAGCGGUCUGUUGAUACCGCCAUAGAGAAAUUGAACAAGGGGGAUUGGAUUCAUUUGUACGGGGAGGGGAAAGUAAACCAACCCAGCACAUACCAAAAAGACAAGGACGGUUUAGCCAUCCUGCCACGCUUUAAAUGGGGAGUCGGCAGAAUUAUUGGUUCGACCACCGCCGUACCAACGGUUAUCCCAAUGUGGAUCACAGGUUUCGACACGCUCAUGCCGGAGGGUCGUCCCUUUCCAUACAACUUCAUGCCACGGAUAGGCGCACGCCUCAGCGUCACAUUCGGCGCUCCCAUUCCUUCGGAUGAAAUCAAAAAAAGGAUUGAACACCUGAGAAAGACUUCGACCGCCGAUUUGGACGUGAACAUACGAACAGAGAUUACCGCCAUUGUACACCAGGCAGUCCAAGCGUUAGGGAGGUCUGUGUCGGGCGUAUCACUGGGAGGAACAGCGGACUCGUAGUUUUUGCCGUCACUAAGUAUGGGGUAUUAGAUCCGAGGCGUAGACCCAGAUGCUAGAUCUAGACUUGCGAUGCUAUAUGCUUCAAUGGUAAUACACAUGUAUUGAUACGAAACGAUGUCAUUGCGAAUCCUACAGUUUU